CGAUUGAGGUGCAAUAAGGAGAAUUCUCCCCAAAACCUCCGACGGUGGAGCUACAGUGGCGAAGAAAGGAGGCGGCGGGGAGGGAAGAUUCCGUUUCAGCUGACCAAGUCGCGACAGAUGUGCACGACGUGUGGAUACGCAAACUGCUUCCUAUAGUGCCUGACGAUGAAUAAACCCUAGUCGAAAGGUGGAUUAUUUUAUGAAGUGAGCUUAGAGAAUUGACUGCCCCUGCUUGUCAAUUAAACCACACGGAUUGUCUCAAGAUUCAUGAAUAUGUCGCUCCCAGACCGGAGGAAAAACAUAAGAGCUCUGGUGAUGGAGACUGGCAUACGAGUUCUGCUUUUUGGAGUUUUUGUAUUCACAGAAUUCCUGGAGCCCUUUGAGAGAGUAAUCCAACCAGAGGAGCUAUGGCUCUACAAAAACCCCUUGGUGGAGUCAGACCACAUCCCUAAGAGGGUCAUGUUCGCAAUUUCAUUUCUCACACCUUUGGCUGUGAUAUUCGUGGUGAAGAUCAUUCGGCGGACAGAUAAGACAGAAAUCAAGGAAGCGUGUCUAGCUGUCUCACUGGCUCUAGCCUUGAAUGGAGUCUUCACAAACACUAUCAAGUUGAUCGUUGGCAGACCCAGGCCAGACUACUUCCAGCGUUGUUUCCCAGAUGGACAGGUGAAUGUUAAGAUGCUGUGCACCGGAGAACCAUACCUGGUGUCAGAGGGACGCAAGAGUUUCCCAAGCAGCCACUCUUCUUUUGCAUUCUCUGGCUUGGGCUUCACCUCCUUCUACCUGGCUGGGAAGCUGCAUUGCUUCACGGACCAGGGCCGCGGGCGCAGCUGGCGUCUGUGUGCCAUGUUGCUGCCCCUCUACAGUGCUGUGAUGAUUGCCCUGUCCCGCACCUGCGACUACAAACACCACUGGCAAGAUGCCUUUGUUGGAGGGGUGAUCGGCCUGCUCUUUGCCUACAUCUGCUACCGGCAGCACUACCCCCCGUUCCUGCACAUGGACUGCCAUCUACCUUACGCCAGUCUGGCCAAAGCCCCCCACCUCGUCUCUGCCCAUGGCGAUCCCCUGGUCCUGCCCACCGAGAAAACCACCAGCAUGCCUCUGAAGGGACUGACAGUGGGGCCUGUAUGA